CUUGUCCCCGCCACAAGCCCAAACUGCCUCUCUAAUCUCAUCCUCAGAAAAAGCAGACACCAACAAAGAGUUGUCCUGCGCUGAAAGUACCCUGAAUUGAACCCCAUCCAAGACUGGUCGAUCCCACCUUUCUGACUUGAACUUGUUUUCAAAAAAAGAGUUAGCUACUGUCCGUAUGUUCUCCGGAUUCUCCUCCCAAACCCCAUCAACCAACAGGCCUACAAUGGAAUUUGCACGUCUUUUCCAAUUGAUCGAGGCAUGAAAAUAACUAGUAUUCUGAUCACCCUUCUCAAUCCACUUAGACCUGGCCUUCUGACACAGAAGUGAUUCCUGGGAUUUUAGAACAUCCCAAAAUUCACUAAGAAGACGCCGACGGGUCUCCACCUCCACAUGAGACAACCCCACCUCCUCCUCUCUAACAUCAAGCUGAUUUAUUUGUUGAACAACCCUCUCCCUUUUUGACUUCAGAUCCCCAAAAACCUCCCUAUUCCACACUUUCAACUUACCCUUUCAAAGUUGAAUUAAGAGGGAUUUUUGCCCUCUCCAUUCCUCUCUUCCCUCCUAAAAACCCUCCACACACACACACCCCAAAUUGCACUCAUUACAGUGACAGCGCCAUUCUAAAUUGCGACAAUUUCAGUUCGUUGUCUGAUUCUCUCGUCUCCAAUAACUUAAGAGAAAAGUAUUUAUGAAUGAGGCUGAUGGAGAUAAAUAUAGCACAAGUGGAAAAAGAGGAAGAGAAGUUAAACCUCAAUAUUGUUGGCGGUAGUGUUUUGCAAAAUUGUCAGGGUAAUGAAUUGGAAGAGAGAAGCAAGAAAGCUGAAGUGAGGUGUAGGGAGUUAGAAGUUGAGCUUCAAAGGGAAAAGGAUCAUUGUGAAACUCUUAAGGCUAAAGUCAAGGUCUUGGAGAGAGAAAAGUUUGCACUUGAAGAUGAGCUGAGAGUUUUGAAGAUGGUGAGUCAAGGACUUAACAGGCCAGAGGAUGUCAGUGGUGAAAAAGAGAGAGGAAUAACACCAAUUGUUGAUUUGGAAAAGGACAAUGAGGCUGUUCAGGAAAUGACAGAAAAAAAAGUUUUGGAAUGUCAGACAGAAAGGGCUCAGAGUGAGUUUGAUGUCUGCAAAGACAAUUACAAGCUUCUGGAUUCACGGGCCUUACCGUUGGAGAUGGGAAAUGGCAGUUGUUAUCAUGAAGAAAAUGGAAAGAAGCAAGAAAAGAAACAGAUUUGUGCUAAUUAAAAUAUGCAUCUUGAUACAAGCUUUGAUUUCCAGCAGAAUCAGGAGAAAGUCACAGAUUUGAGCAAUGAUGAUUCUUCUUGGGUUUCUCCUUCUAAAGAAAUUCGAGAUAUGCAAUUAGAAGGCAUUUGGUAACAUAGAAUCUGUUUGGAUGUAUGCCCAAAGAGCACUUAUUGGAGCUUAUUUAGUGUUUUUUCUAGUAGAUAAGCUCCAAUAAGUUAGUAACCAAACAGACUCAUAAUGGUGCUAGACUGCUAGAACUUUUAUUUAUUUGGCACACCUUCUAAUGGCAUAUUUCACAGAAGUUCUAUGGUGCUACCUCAAAAGAAAGGUAUAAAACAGUUGGCAUUUGAAACUGAAGAGAGUCCCAGCAAAAAGAUGAUUCCAUCUUUACCCAUCAAUACAAAGUCUACUCCUGGCAGUGUAAUUGAUAUCAGUGAUAGCGAUGAUGAGCCUACUCAGGACCCAGUACCAGAUAGGCAGGCUAGCGGAAAUAUUUUCAUUUCAACAAGUUUUGCAGCAGAAAAAGGAAAGAACUCUCACGGCAGUUGUGCCCAAAACAAUGAGGAAAAUUUAGAUUUUAGUGAAGAACCCUUAUUUGUUGCUAAUACUAAGAGGAAACGAACUUGUAAUGUUGUUACAAGUGAGUCUGAAAGUGAUGAUGAUAAUUUGCCAAUUAGUCAACUUAAAAGGACCCAUAUUCAGAAAGCAAGUGCUGACCGAGUUGCUAUGUCAGAGGAUAGUUCAUUGCCUGCUGCUAUUUCAGAGGAUGACAAGGUCACUGACAAUGUAAAGAUUAGGCGGCGCCGUCUACAACCUCUGAGAGAAUGUUUAAGCAAAAUCCACAAUGAUAAAAUGUCUUCACGCAGACGCCAUAGGGCCAAGCAUCAGCAAAGUGUUCCAGCAAAUAAUGAUCAAUCAGUAGAAGAUUUGUCAGACGGUGAGGAAGAAAGCACGGGUAGUUUCAUCGUUGAUGAUGAUGAUUCUGAUGUAUUUGAUUGUGAAGUCACUUGUAGCAAGUCAUCACGAGAUGAAUUUAACAGUGAUGUGGACUCUGCUUCCAGUAACUUACAAGAUGUAUCCGAUGGGGAAAUGAACUUCGGUAAGAUAUUAUCAAAAAUUCAGAGGAGGAAAAAGAAUGCAAUGAAGUGGGAAUAUCAGGCUGACAUGCUUGCAGAAUUUGGAAAGGAUUCAGAAUUGUGCAUGAAGGCUGUAUGUUCUCUUUACAAACAGCAAACUUCCGAGGAACAGAUGAGCAAGGAAUCAAUGUGUCACAACAACCGUGGAUUCAGCAAGUGUGAUGCUCCCAGAGGUAGUGAUUUGGGCGAGUACCUCACCGAAGGAGAUCCUAGUGGUGGCUUAAAGAAGUCUGUGGAGGAGCUGCAAGAGUAUGACCCCGAAGCAGUUGAAGAAUGCAGAACACUAGCUACUCGCUACUCAAAGCAACUUUAUGAGAUUUACAAGAAUAAUGAAGAUCCUUUUUUUCCUUGACUAGCAGCAAGCACUGCAAUUGGCUCCGUCUCGAGCGUUAAGAAAUGGAAUUAUGUGUGUACAAAUCUCUCAGGUACUGUUAGCGCCAAAGAGUAGUAUUUUCUUCUGGGAUUAAAAACAUCUUUUCUCAUCUUAUUCUCUAUCUCACCAAUUAAAUUUUCACAUGUCAUUUCAAAAGUCUUAUGCUUAUUGGUGGGACGAGGAGAAGGCACCAAAUAGUGAUGAAUCAUCUUAAUUGUAAAUAAAUUAUUAUGUCAGUUUCAAUAUCUAUUACAACAAGCCUCAUCCGGUCAUCUCA